CAUCCAGGUGGGACAUGUGCACAAGUUUGGCUUGGUGCCGGCCUCCGCUAUCGUUUGCGAGUUUCUGUCUAGAAGUUUUACACUUUCUUGCAAUCGAAUCUCAGACCGCGAAACUCCAAAUCCAUCCCAAUUUUUCAUUUGAUGAGCAUCUGUCCGAAUAUCCAAUUUCAAGAAGUACCCAAGAAAGGCACGGAAGAAGUUACGAUAGGCAUUUGGGAUAUUGAUAUCAUCUUACAGUAGUAUACUUCAAGCCUAUUUCCUUUGAAGGGAUUGGACGACCAUGGAAAACAUUGACAAGAAAAUUUCGUUUGGCUUGAUCCUAUUGCUCCUUUGGUGCCAAAACUCCUUGACUUUUUCAUGGGCAUUUGCCUUCUCCACAAGAUCGACUAUUGCAACCGCUUCUGGCGCUGUCAGAAAGAGACACGACAGGAUAUGUAAAAACUCGGCGACACAACUUUUUGAUGCUGCUAGUUUCUUUGACGAGGACGAAGAAGAUGAAGAGGAGGCAUCAUGCCUGCCACCGGGACGGCGCCCGGAAGUGAAAAGAAUAUUUUUGAUAUCGGAUGCUACUGGCGUUAUGUCGAGGUCGAUUUUAUUGAAAUCGUUGGCGCAGUUUGAUACCUGUGCGGACGAAAAGGCUCCAUACGAUACCACCGAGAAGAACAAGGAAGGCGACGACGACGAUGACGAAGGGGACUGUACUUCUGCGGGAGCCUGCGAUGUCCGAACUCGAACCUUUACAUUUGUCCGAUCUGAACAAGCAUUGACCAAUAUUAUGAAACUUGCCAAAAAGAAAGGAGCUUGCGUCAUGUACACCAUUGCAAAACCGGAAUUGCGGGCCCUCGCGGGCGAGGAGUGCCGAAAGCUUAAUUUGUUGCACGUUGACUUGAUCGGUCCAUCGCUGAAUGCCCUGUCAAAAUUUUUAGACGAAGACCCACUGGGCAUUCCCGCCUUGUUUAGCCCAAGGAAUCGAAAGCAAGGCGACGGAAAAACGAAGUCCCAAUCGAAUCUCGGCGAUUCGUACUAUCAACGGAUCGACGCAGUGGAAUUUUGUCUGAAGGCCGAUGACGGACAAGCUCCUUGGCUUCUGCCAGAAGCAGACAUUGUUUUGGUUGGAGUCAGUCGCUCAGGAAAGACACCACUGAGUGUGGUUUUAUCUCAAACUAUGUCUUUAAAGGUAGCAAACAUUCCGUUGGUCAUGGAGGUACCUCCACCGGUACAAUUAUUGGAACAAGUCGAUCCCAAACGCGUCUUUUGCUUGACAAUCAGCCCAAGUGAAUUAAGAAAAAUACGAACCAAUCGACUGGAGCGCAGAGGAGUUAAGGACAUCGAAGAAAAACUCGAACUUGCGGGAAAGGGUAUCGUCGUUCCGAAAUCCAACUACGCCGAUCGGAAUUACAUUCUGAAGGAUUUGGGUUCCGUGCGAAAACUCUGUCAGAAACAUAAUUGGACGGAAGUCGAUGUCACUGGACGUGCCGUGGAAGAAACUGCGACAUCAAUUGUUGAGAUUUUCAACCAACGAUUCGUUGGUGACAAUGAUGAUACAAGCAGUAGUAACAGCUUUUCGAAUUCCCAUAUUGGGUGAAGACGAAUUUAUGUCAGUCGGCACGUAUGCAAUGGAAUUUUUAAAAAAUUAUAAACAAUUUG